AAAAAAAAAAAAAAUCAAUGUAACAAGAGACGGUUCAAAGUCCCCUCGGACCAACCUGCUAUACGGAGGCGGGGACCGAGAGGUACCAACACUCUUUGAGUUAUAUUGCGUCUGUGGCUACAAGACGCCGACUACAGCCACGAUGGAAAGACACCAUGCGGGAUGCAACGGGGAAAAGGAAGCAGAAAAAUCCAUCACAUGCAAAUACGAAAGAUGCAAAUAUAAGUGCAGAGAGGAAUCUUUGCUAAAGUGGCACAUGCAAAGAAUGCAUCAUUACACCUCACAAGUAUCCAUUCGCAAAGGCGCAUACUGUGGGAAGGAUCAUCAGAGCAAUGGAAGACCGGAGAUUACAUUCACAAAGCAAACACAGGCACAGUGAGGCAGAGGAUUUGGAAAAGAUACCAUACUGGUGGAGAGAAGCACGCCACGAAAACCAAAAGGAGAAAGACAAGAAGAAUUAGAUCAUAGUAUCAUAGAUAUGCUCAUGUACAUUAUGUAGUUGGUGUUAUAUCAGUCAUGGAUACAUACGCCAUUCCGCUAUUUGGGGAAUGGUUUUUCGAAAACUCUUUCCCCGAAUGAGUGUCUGGUUUGGGAUGUCGAGAUAAGGGAGAAUCAAUGGCGAACAAAAGGCAGAUUAGUUGAGUUGACAAUGUAUUCUCCACCUUUCUUUAUACCAGAACAGAAAUGUAGACAAUCUACUCCACCAUCUUCUAUCAACUAUAAGAAUGACGAG